AUGAUACUACGCUACCUGACCGGCUUGUAUGUUUUAGACGAUUCCGCUCCCUCAGGUGUGUUCUUAUUUGACUUACGCAAUGUGCCCGUACAUGAGACAUUGGAGAACGCAGAACUGACCGUUCUAGUGAAGUCUAGUCACCGAAGUCGCCCUGCGGCCUGCGGCCAGCUUACGGGUAGCGGCACUGGAGGUGCAGGGCCUUCACAGGAUGCGCCGCUGAACGGCAAAAACGAGAUGCAAGUCAGCGUGUAUGAACUGAUCCGCAACCACACUGUCUUAGUGGAUACAAUUAAGGUUAAUUGCAGGAGCGAGGCAUUCAGUGACUUCGGUUGGGUGACUCUUGACGUGAGCAGUUCCGUCCGUCGGUGGUUACUGAAUAGCGGCAAGAGCGGAAAAAUUCAGCUCACAAGUCGUCGCACUCGCGCGACCUCGUGCGAACUGCAGCUGCAUUCCAAAAGCUCCUCCUCCUCCUCUUCCUCCUCCUCCUCGUUCUCUCAGUUUCGAGACAGCGACUCUGACCCUCUGCGUCAGUCUCCGGUUUUGACUGUUUACACUUCGGAUUCUGCAGAAGCAGCGGCGGCGACUGCUACUGCAUCAGGGGCCGGUGGUGGUGACAGUAAUCAUGAUGACAGCAACAAAGGGACGAUCCUCAGGAGGACUAAACGCAGGGCCGGUGACGGCUCCAACAACAACAACAACGACACGGACAGAAAUGGUCGACGGUCGUCGAACAGUGGUCGGUCGCACAGUCGCGGAGGUAGCGCCCGCAAGCAUCGCCACAAGACCUACCGUCGUCGGUCGUUGUGCCAACGACACGAACUGUACGUAGACUUCGAGUCGGUCGGCUGGAAUGAUUGGAUCGUGGCGCCACCCGGCUACAAGGCGUACUACUGUCAGGGAGACUGUCCUUUUCCAUUGAGCGACAACCUGAACGCGACCAAUCACGCGAUCGUGCAGACGCUGGUGCACUCGGCGAACCCUGGUGCGGCACCCAAGUCGUGCUGCGUGCCGACCGAACUCAGUCCAAUCAGCAUGCUGUACCUA